UCUACUUCGUCGACGAAAAAGCUGCACCGUGAGAUCUUUUCAUCGGAGCUCUUUCCACCCUCCAGAAUUGUUCUGCAGAAAGAAGUGGAGACCACGCGCCGCCUCCGUGCCAACAACAAGUCGCUGUCGCCACGAUUUCUGCGCGGCAGUAGACCGAGCACAAACAAGGAAGUAGAAGUGCUGGGAACAACUUCCGUGCUGUCGAAAAAACACGGAAGGACAACUUCUGCACCCAGGACAAGGAGCACUCCGGCCGUUUAUCGUGGUGCAAAAAAUUAUGUUGCCGGAGACGAAGGCGACGACGAGAGCGAGAGCAGCUUGUCCCAGAUGCAACCUGGUAUAAUAAAUCGCUUUACCUUUAGCCCGCGGCACUACCGCAAAGGACCACCCCGAGCAGGCGCUUUCAAAGGAACCACCGCGAGCCUCACAGAAACAGCUCCUGAUGAAGACGUCGGGGCUUCUUUAUUGCUGGGGAACAAGAAUAAGAAAAACAGCAGAAACAACUACAGCUGGUGCGAAGAUUAUAACCCGGAUCCAUGGACGAGCAGCGGAUCUACUAUCUCGGAGGGUCGUGCAGCAGCCGCGUUGGAGGACGUAUGGGACGUCGUAAUGCAGGGCCAGGAAACGCCGGAGGAUCCGCAGCCGCACUUAGAUGAACAUGAAUCAGAAUCCGAACAAGGGUCCUCUACUUCAGGAACAAGUGAAGUCCCCAGCUUGAAAAGCGAAAAGCGGAAGAGAAGGAAACGCAAGAGGAAAUCACACCAGGAUCAGGAUGUUGAACAGGCGGAAAGCGAAAGCGAACCUCUUCAGGUACAACUAUUGGAGCAAGAAGGAGAGGAGAAAAAGUGCUGCGCCUGUUGCGGGAAGUGCUUGGUUGUUUUCUUCCUUCUUUUUACUGCCGUCGCAUUCCUGGAACUUGCCACGGUGAACAACUGGUUCAACCGCCCGUUUCCAGGGGGUUAUGCAUUGCAAAAAUGUAGUCUGGGUUUAGAAGAAUGUAGGACUUGUCAUGCUUGUCUGGCAUGACUCUUAGAUCUGUGAUGCGUAAGCAGGAAUGGGGCCUCUUGCCUGUCAUGCAAAAACGCAGUUUGCGUUUGCCAUGCGGAAAGUGUAGCACUUUUUUGGCUCAAGCAGAAGCGUAACACUAGCGGGCACGCCAGCCCCCGCUCGUUGCUGCCUAUGCAGUCGAGUUCAACUCAGUCGCGAGACCGUAUUUGUGUUCGGCGGACGAUUCAGGGCCUGCUGGUCCUCACGCGUUCUGCAACAAAAGCAAAGCGGUGGGCACAAGAAGGAAGAUCGAAGGGCGUGGGGUCAUUAUGUAUGAAGGGGAUUGCCGGUCACCCUUGAGUGGUAAGUUCCGAGGCGAUUCCGGUUUACGAUUCCAGUCCCCCCUCCCACCCUUUGCUUCUGUUGCAGAACAGGGCUGCACUACGACUGCCACGCACAAACUAAGCUUUAAGUUGUCGCUGUGCCCCAGGUGGGUUGCCAGUCAGCAGCGCCAGACAACUGGCCGAUGGUUUGACAACUGUGGUCCGUGCACUUGCCCUGCUCGCCUGUGCCGCAGGUAAGGCACAAAUGGUCCAGCCUCCCCUGUCCGGGUGGGGUUGCGGCUUAAGGGAGAGUCUCGCCCCUUAACCCUAAGGGGUGCGUCGUCUCUUCCGUGAGAACAAAAACAUAUGGCGUAAAAUGGGUCGGGUCCUGGAUCGUUCUGUAUGUUGGGCUGUCGCGCUCGGCUAGCUGGCCGGGCUGUACUGAUCAAGGGUGGUGGGUAGCUCCCGACUGGUUGGUACUUUUCUUGGGGCGACUUGCCGUGGUAGCGCUCGGCUUUUGUAUGAUGAGGUCGCCGAAAGUGCUUCCUCGCCCACCCCCCGGGGAGGGGAUCCUUGACCUGUGGCGCUGGGAGCGGGUGUCCACUACAUGAUGAUGAUGAUGCGGAAAACGAAACACAUGGCAUUAAAAAAACUUGUCAUGCUUGGCUGCAUAUUGUACGUAGUGCGCUCACCAUUCAGAGAUGAUUUGCAUCGCAAGUUUCCAGACCCAGACAUAUUUGCAAGCCAUAGGGGUCACUACCACCCGAUUCGGAACCGAAAUGACUACAACAACGAAGGUAAAGGUAUACUUCUUUCAGUUGGAGUAGGACUUCAUUUCUCGGAAGUGUUUGAUGAUGCACAAACUACGACGCUAUGGUGCUGUGCUGUAAGUAAAUCGAAACUGCUUGAUAAAAUAAAUGCGAAUGCAAAUGAUCAUUUAAUUACAGAUUACCCGUUGCCAGUCGUCAGUGACGCUGACACAAAUCAAGAAGGCGCUCUAAAAACUACGCACGGCCAGAAACAACAACGGCGGCCUUGGUCAACAGCUGCUGGAAGUUCGGGCUCGACACCGCUCCUGCCACGCGACGUCCUCGAGCAGAAUGUUCCGUCGCACGGUUCUCGUCGAAAAAGCGCUGGUGAACAAGGUACCACAGCAGAGCAUCGUCAAGCGAAAAAUAUUAAUAAACCCUCCCCCCGCAAGAAGAACAUCUCGUUUCUCGACCGCGCAAAGCAGGCGGAGUACGCGUCGCAGAUCGCGUGGAAUAUGAACCUCGCCACGGAAACCAGUGGGCCAGAAUCCGUGCUGCCGCAGACGGAUCGGAAGCACUUUGAGUUCAUCGUCGGCAACCUGGAGCGUUCGCGCCUGGACUGGCACAGCCGCAGCGGGUGGGCCUUUUUGGCACAGCACGUGGAGUAUGCAUUGCAAAAGUAUCGUACUCGUAUAAAUGCAUUACACAUUUCCCCAGCAUGAGAAAUGAAAUUUGUAAUGCGGAUUUACCUUAAGAACAAGAUUUGUAAUGCAAGGCCCGCAUGUGUACGAUUGCGAUACUUUUGCACAGGAUAUGGAGCCGGGGCGGACGAUCUUGUGGCUGAUUUUCCGCGGCACCAUCACGCAGAAGGAAUGGUUCUUAUCCUGUGCAAAAGUAUCGUAUUCGUAUAAAUGCAAGUCUUGCAUUACAAAUUUUUUUCUCAAGGUAAAUCCGCAUUACAGAUUUUAUUUCUCAUGCUGGGAAAAUUUGUCAUGCAUUUUUUUUACGAGUACGAUACUUUUGCAGUUCAUAGUUCUACGACAUCAGCAAUCACGACCCCGCCGAAGGCAUGCCGGUCUUCGAGGUACCGCUGGAAGUAGAUGAGCUAGUGCAGCUUAUCCUGAGUAAAAACGGACCCACACCAGAGUCAGGAUGAGGAUUUUGCAACACAAACCUAGGAGUUUUGGGAGUCACGCAUGACAAGUUGCACUAUGCAGUGUAGUGCAGGUUAGCAAGUGCAGCCGCAUCACAGAUUCAUCUGCUCAUCCUGUUCACAGCAUCACAAAUUCCAAAACACGAUUGGAAAUGGCUCUCAUGGGGAUGCGCAUUACAAGUCUUCCUGUCUUUGCAAAUCUGCAUUACAACUCUGGCGUGGGUAGGUUUUUACUCAGGAUACAGCUUGAGGACGACGAGGAUCUCGGUCGUGCACGACAGGAGCAGGAGCACGAGCCGCAGCUCUUGAAGAAGAGCAUUAUGG